AUGAGGAUGAGCAACAGUGAGGAUAUCCCACAAGCACGCAAGAUUUCCUCCCACGGUGGAGACCGCGCUAGCAGCCUGUGCGAGGCAGGUGGUGUGCAGAGCUCCCUCAAGACAGCACAGGGCAGCAAGCGUGCGUCUCCCACGCCCAAGAAGCUCUACUUCCGAAUCGAAAAUAAUGUGUUCUAUGAUCCCGUAAGUGAGAAGAAGGGAUGGCGCCAUGUACGUCGUGUGACGAAGAGGAAGGAUGGUGGAUGUAACACUACACGAGAAGAGAAGCAGGAUUCUCGGUUCAAGUUGUUUGGUGCGUUUAGCAAUGCCUCCAAUCUCAAUGCUAUGGUUAAAAUGGCCGCAUGUGAUCCCAUACUCACUGCCAGACAUAUUUCGGACAAUGGGACAGCCAGACUUGCCAGCUGGACAGCGAGUGAGGAGACGACAAGGCAGGUGACACCCAAACCGCGGGAGAAUGCUACUUGGAUGGUUAACGUGAGGGCGUGGACAAUGUCGGCGGCCUGUGGCAAGUCGGGUAUUGCGCUGAGGGGAGUGUCCGAGAAAGCAUCGAAACCGGAGACGGUAGUAACGCCGAAAAGGCAAUCGAAAUCAUGUAUGGAUCUGUCUCAUGUGAUAAGUCACUUCUCUGCAUCCCGAUUCACCCCACCGCAAUCUACUUCUUUAACACCUCCCAAUGUGAGAACUCGCUCAGCCAGAGAGAAUGUGGGCGCGGAUGUACAUUGUGAGUCGAGUGAGGAACAGGGGUCAGAUUUGCCUCCUCUAGACCUGCCGAGGAAUCCCUUCGAGAGUGUCAUCAUUAACAUUCCGGUGUUGGGGUUCAGAAGGUGUGGCAAGACAAGUCUCCUCAAUAGUCUAGUGCAGACUGGUCCCACCAGACUUACCACCUCGUGCACACGAACACCCACCUACUACUACCCCAUGGUGAUUUUCAACUAUCAAGUGUUCAAUUUCCGCCUCAUUGACUGUCCCAUGAUGGUGCAGGACUUUCCUCUCUCUACACUCGACGCGUGGGCUGAUUUUCGUGGUUGGGGUCUCCACGUGGCUGAUUUCUUUAUUCUUGUCUUCGAUAUCACUUGUGAAUUCUCCUUCCAGUAUGUGAAACUGCUGCGUGAACAAAUACUCGCCGCGAAUAUGGAUGUACCCAUGGUAAUAGUUGCGAACAAAAUUGAUCUGAUCAAGAGUUCAAGCAGCACCGGCAUGUCUCACCACUCCUUGACUGCAACCCCACCCUCGGUGCAGCGAUCGGGAAGAUACAACAGUCGGAUACCCUAUCAAAUGUUGGCCAUAGGUAACUAG